AGCUCUCUCUCCGCAUAUCCAGCGGACAUCUGGAGCAGCCCUGCCCGGGAAUCAAACCUCCGAGAACCAAGCGACAUCCCUCACAAAGCCAUCAACCAGCCUGUUUCCCGGUGAAAACACAGCCGGGCUGCGCUGUAGUUGCUGCGACUCUCCGGUCUGGAUCUCCACCGGGAAGCUGCCCUGCUCCGGAGGCGUCUGACGGUCCGUUUCUACCGGUAAAAACACGGAGAUACGACGAAAACCCGGGAGGAGGGUGAUGGACUGAACUGAUCCGAUCUGAGAGGGUUUAGGCCUGAUGGAAGCUGCGACACAUCUGGACCUAGUGCGUCUGGAUCAGUCCAGGAUCCGUGUCUCUGGGAUUGAACAGAUUUUUUCUUGUGUAGUUUUUCUGUUUUGAUCAUUUUCUCUGAUAAACGGUCCUGAGUCUGAGGAGCAGGCGGAUCCUCCUCCUGCUGGUCUGGAUUAAAGCCCAUCAGGAUCAUGAAUCAUCCCCCUCUGCUGCUCUAAUCUGGGUUUUACCGAGCUGGAUUUAAAUCGGAGAUCCGAUCUGGAUUACUCUCCUCCUGGUUCUGGUCGGGUCACAUCUGACCCGGUCUGAACCGGUCCUGGUGCUGGUGUGAUAUUGGACUCGGUUCCGGUUCUCUCUGGACCUGGUUUGCGGGAGAGCUCUGCUGUCAUCAUGCCGACGUCCCGGCCUGGUUCGGAGCCGGUGGAGUUCUGGGUGGAGGGGUCGAGGCGGGACGGGACGGUGGAGGAGUUCUACACCCUGAGCUCCGAACUGGGCAGAGGAGCGACAUCCAUCGUGUAUCGCUGUGAAGAGAAACAGACUCAGAAACCCUACGCUGUCAAAGUCCUCAAGAAAACGAUCGACAAGAAAAUCGUUCGUACUGAAAUUGGUGUGCUGCUGCGUCUUUCCCACCCAAACAUCAUCCAGCUGAAGGAGAUCUUUGAGACAGACACUGACAUCGCUCUGGUAUUGGAGCUGGUGACCGGAGGAGAGCUGUUCGACAGGAUCGUGGAGAGAGGUUACUACAGUGAGAGAGACGCCGCUCAUGUCAUCAAACAGAUCCUGGAGGCUGUGGCGUAUCUCCAUGAGAACGGUGUUGUGCAUCGUGACCUGAAACCAGAGAACCUGUUGUACGCCGACCUGUCGCUGGAUGCUCCGCUGAAGAUCGCCGACUUUGGUCUGUCCAAAAUCAUCGAUGACCAGGUGACCAUGAAGACCGUCUGUGGUACUCCAGGGUACUGUGCUCCAGAGAUCCUGCGGGGAAAUGCCUACGGCCCCGAGGUGGACAUGUGGUCGGUGGGCGUCAUCCUCUACAUCCUACUCUGUGGGUUCGAGCCCUUCUUUGACCCACGGGGGGAUCAGUACAUGUACAGCAGGAUCCUCAACUGCGACUAUGAGUUUGUGUCUCCGUGGUGGGACGAGGUUUCCCUCAACGCCAAGGACCUGGUCAGUAAGCUGAUUGUCCUUGACCCUCACAAGCGCCUCAGUGUGCGGGAGGCCCUGCAGCACCCCUGGGUGCUGGGUAAAGCCGCUCGCUUCUCUCACAUGGACACCACCCAGAGGAAACUGCAGGAGUUCAAUGCUCGACGUAAACUCAAGGCUGCCAUGAAGGCGGUUGUUGCCACCAGUCGGAUGCACGAGAGCUCGCGGCGUCGUACGGACAGCUGUGAGAUUCCAGGCUCAGGGGCCUCCAGACAGAGCAGUAUGCAGCAGGACCUGCCACCUGAACCCACAGGCCCUGCCCCCGCAGACAAAGAGGCCCCACCCCCGGAUCAGCAGCUGCAGGACGAAGAAUCAAAGCCCGCUGAGCAAAGUGCCCUCAGCCCCUCCCCCCCGCGCAGCCCUAAACCCCCCUGCUCUGACGUCACGCCCACAGGACCCGCCCCCACCAGACCGCCGCUGCGAGCUGACGGGCUGCGACAGGCAUCCGUUGCCCCCAAAACCGCGCUGGUCCACCCCCGACUGCCGCAGAAAAGCUGCUCUGUCGUAGAGCCCACCUCCAGGAUCGAGGCGACACCUGCAUUGGCCACACCCCCGAGUCCCAACAGCCUCAGCAAUGGCUUCACGCCAGCGGUGGAGCCGGCCAGUAAGACCGCCCACUGCCAGUGAUCACCUGACAAAGAGCAGCUCCUCUGCCUCAGUCUCACACACUAAGGUCUAGCUUCAUUUACUGGGACCAAACUAACAGCUACAUUUCACCUGGUCACCUGACGUCAGAUCAGCUGUUAUCUCACAUGCUAACAUGCUAAAUACUGCAGACUCACUGAGGUUUGGUUGGAUGUUGUUGCAGCUGGACAGAUGUUGAGCUGCAGGUCUUUCCUCUGGAAAUUUCAGAUACAAAGUAUGUCCCAAAUCAGAUCUCAUGAGAUCUCAUAAGGUCUCAUCAGGUCACAUCAGAUCUCACCAGGUCUCAUGAGAUCUCAUGAGGUCUCAUCAGAUCUCAUCAGGUCUCAUGAGGUCUCAUAAGGUCUCAUCAGAUCUCAUCAGGUCACAUCAGAUCUCAUCAGGUCUCAUGAGAUCUCAUAAGGUCUCAUCAGAUCUCAUCAGGUCACAUCAGAUCUCACCAGGUCUCAUCAGAUCUCACCAGGUCUCAUGAGAUCUCAUGAGGUUUCAUCAGAUCUCAUGAAGUCUCAUCAGAUCUCAUCAGGU